AUUUGCGGGGCUUACAACUUAAUGUCCUAUUGUACGGCCCAUAAUGCAAGGUCCAACCCAUACAGAUUAUUGAGCGCUAGACUCGACCGUUGGAGAUUCAAAUUCGAAUAACCUUUUUUUUAAAAAACAAUCCCCAACUCUCAACAUCAAAAUCAAAAAACAUCCAAACUCUACAAUCCCUAACAAUCCCAAGCCGCCAUGAAAACUGUGCAUCUCACUCCACAAUCCCUUAAACAAAUCAAACCCGUCACUAUGGAAGAAGACAAUCGAUCUGACAUCCGAGAGGAAAGAGAAAGCAAUUACUUCCCAGGCUGCCGCAAGGAUGCAAACUGUAAUUGCAAAAUGUGUUUGGAGAGUAUUACCGCAACCUUAGAUCUUAUGUCUAUGAGUGUUCAAAGGAGCUCCCUUACUAAGCUUUCCGCAUCGAAGCCAGAAGUCGAUAUAACCCCUGUUUCAAUUGAUCCGCUUUUAUCUACCCCUGUAUCGAAAACCCCUCCAGUUGUCGAGGUUGCUUCCUCUAAGACCGCUCUUCGAUCGACAGCGAAGACAGUUAAUCCCAAGAAUAUUGAGGUGAAGAAGAUGAAAUUAGGGUUUAAGUGGAAGUAUUGGAGGUGGGUUUUGUUGUUAGGGUUGAUUCUUGGGUUGGAAUUUGGGUUUUCUUUGGGGGUUGCUCGGGUUUUACGGCCCAGAUUAUCAGGGGAGAUAUUGAGUAAUGUUGUUGAAGAAUCAGCAGAUGUUCAGAAUUUGAAUGAAAGAUUGAUUUUGAUCCAGAAGAAUCUGAAUACUUAUGUUGAUGGUAUAUUAUCAAGCUGCAAUUUUGGUGAUUCUAAAUGGGAAAUUAAUCAGGAUGGUUUGAUCUUAAACUCAUACUGCACAUUGUACAAAUCGGCAGCAGAAGAAGUGAUCAUAUGGGGGUGGCCUCUGCAGACUGCUGGCCUCUUAACAGCCGAAUUUUCAUCGCGAUCAUUCAAUGUAUUGUCUGGCAAACUCAGAGAGUGGCCUGAAGGCAAAAUGAUGAAUGUUGUUCGAGAGGCAAACACGACAUGGAUUCUAAGAAAAUGGAGUGCUUCUGCUGUGCAGCUUGAACCAAACACUUGGAUCAUUGAGUACAAAAGAAAUUAUCUUUUGGAGAAUCCGAGUAUUUUGGUGGCUACUGUUGAGUUAAUCGAGUUCACGAUUUUGAAACUGAUGCUAAGAAUGAAACAACAGUUUAGGCUUUUGCUCGCUGACUUCAGAUACUACUACACAGCUGCUUCAACAUCAGAAGUGGCUGGUGUUAGCAUCCCAACUUGAAUGAAUAUGUAACAUCCUUGUCAACUUUUGAAGCUUAUUAGAGUGUAAAUCUCUCAUGUUCUAUAGGAAUAUUAUCAAGUAGGAAAUUGUUGAAUGUUGAUAACUCUUCAACUGUAUAUACUUGAAAUUUUCUUGAUUAGCUGCUUGUAUCAAGUUUUGGUUGAA